AUGUCUGCCUUCUCGCAAAGUCUACGAUUCACAGAUACAGAAUCGUUGAGGAGUCCGUCUCAAAAGAGUGGCAGCACGCAAAUGACGUCCGCUGGGUUCGCUAGCUCACAGAAAUCAGCAACAAUACUGUCUAUGGAAGAGCGUGUUAGGAAUGUACAAGAGUAUCACAAAUAUACACUCGAGUGCAUCGAGAAGAAUGCCUGGGAGAAGUCUGAACCUUUGGAGUCCACUAAGAACUACUUUUGCGUUGCUUUUGACCCUAUGGAAGCUAAGCAUUGGACUUCGAUAGAGUUGAUCGAGUUCGAAAAUCGAUGUAGAUGGGAGCAGCUGAUGAGGCAGGACGCUGUACAUGGCUAUCAGUACAAGUCAGGCUGGAACAGGUAUCCAAACCUCUAUACUAAAUCUUAUACGGAUGGCUGCUUACCACGGACUGAUAAAAUGCCAGAAGAUUUCGAACCAGCGUCAACCAAGACUGUAGCCCAUGCCUCGAAGGCACUGCGUGUACCGCGGGUUCUGAGGACCACACAACGACAAGACCGGAUUGUCCGCACGACAGAAACCAAAUAUAAUGUUUCUGGUGUCGGACCACGCGCUGCGGCUGUACCAUUUGUUCCACUAGCUAUGCAAUGGUAUGAGAUCGGCCGUGGCACACCGGACUCGACUGCGCGGCACACAAUGGUAAUCGAAGACUCUGAUGUUGGCUCCAAUGGCGGACAUUUAGAUUCACCGAUGAUUGUGCCUACUGAUCCAGAUCUUACCACGACGCAACCUUUGCUAUCGACCUGGCAUUCUGCCGAGCGAGAUCGACAUUGUUCGACAUGUCGAUACCGGACAACUGUACGCGGUCGAGCCUUGCUCAAAAAGCUCAACAGCGCUCUACAAGACCCUGUUGAGAAGAGCUCAGUCACAGCACCCUUUGUAGGUGAGAUGAAACGCCUUGAAGACGAUAGCUGGCUCGUCUACUCACUUGAUGGACAUUGGAAAAAGGCGACGACUCGCCUGAACUAA